GGUUGGCCAUUGAGCAUGUACACGGACCCCGCCGCCGCGCUAAGGGCGGCGGCAAAGAGCAGUGGAGCACCUCCCCUUCCAGAAGAAAGUAGGACAGCCGGUUUGAGGCAAAAUACUGAGGAAGCGCUUUUGUCCUACUUCCGCUUUUUUCUUUAUCUCAAAGGAAGUUCUGGUUGUGGCACCUCCUACGCCACACCUUGUGUUGGGAAAUGGGAGCACAAACUAAUCUUAAAAGUCCAGAGGCGUCUCUCAUCUGCUCUCCUUGAGGUAGGUUGGUGGGUAGAGAAGGCCGCCGUUGGAACGCGGCCUUCGGCAGUCUUAGCUAAGACGCUGUCAAAGUCAAAGACAGCGCCCUCUGCGGCGGAGGGGAGGACUCCACCCUCAAGUCCACCGCCUUGUUUUUUUCGUUCAGCCUCGUCGCACCGUUUUCUAAACCACUCCUGUCCUUAGAUCAGACUGAGGAGCCUACGGCACUUAAGCCUUUCAAUCCCCAACCCAUUCUAAGCACAUGUCUUGAGCUGGAUGCAAGAGACACUGAGGUGGAUGACAUGCUCCUAGUGGCACAGGAAUCCAUCCCCAUGGCCAAAGGCAGCAGCAACAGCUACAGCAGGCUGAAACAACAGAGGGGAUGACUUGAGCUCACUGGAAGCAUCAGUUUCUCUUCCAGACAAGACAAAGACAAGCCUGAAAAAGGAUCUUGAGUUCUCCAUUGAAUGAUCUUUACUCUCCUGCUGGUCUCCUCACUGAGGCAGGAGGGGUGUGGUUUCAAGACUCGAGCUCAAACCGGGAUAAAGUCAUUUUUGCCUCAGGACCCACGUCGCAGAAAAGGCUCCAGACGCGCAGGCUCAGCGGCCAUGGCUCACGGGCCCAGCCGCUCCGCGGCAUGUGGGAUCUUCCCGGAGAGGGGCACGAACCCGUGUCCUCUGCAUCGGCAGGUGGACUCUCAACCACUGCGCCACCAGACGCACACAGGAAACACAACAGACCAGGCCCUAACCACUACUUGCCCCAAAAGCUGACCCAUUAACUCUCCAGGCCCGACUGGUCCCGCCCACGCCUACGGCCUCCGGGGUUCUAAGUCCCCGCCCCCUCCGAGGAGUUUCCCAAAACCCAGCGCGGCAGGCCUCAGCCGCGCUAAGAUGGCGACUCCCAUGCAUCGCCUCAUAGCCCGGAGACAAGCUGAAGCAAAUAAACAACAUGUAAGAUGUCAGAAAUGCUUGGAAUUUGGGCAUUGGACUUAUGAAUGCACAGGAAAAAGAAAGUACCUACAUAGGCCUUCAAGAACAGCAGAACUAAAGAAAGCUUUAAAAGAAAAAGAAAACAGAUUAUUAUUACAGCAAAGCAUUGGAGAAACUAAUGUAGAAAGAAAGACCAAGAAAAAAAGGUCUAAGAGUGUAACUAGUUCCAGUAGCAAUAGCAGUGACAGUUCAGCCAGUGAUUCUUCGUCAGAGAGUGAAGAGACCUCUACCUCAUCCUCCUCAGAGGACAGUGACUCUGAUGAAAGCUCCUCCAGUUCAUCAUCUUCAGCCUCCUCCACAAGCUCUUCCUCGUCCUCCGAUUCAGACUCAGAUUCCAGCUCUUCCAGUAGCAGCAGCAGCAGCACAAAUAGUAGCUCUGAGGAUGAACCACCAAAGAAGAAGAAAAAGAAAUAGAAUUGUUCCAUCCAUGUUGGACUGAUGGACUAAAAACGUUAAUGCGAUUCUCAGAAGGGAAUUUAGAAUGUGUUAAGACCAAAUAGGUUAACUGAUCAAAAUUUUUAGAGUUCAAAAGUUUCUAAAUGUUUUACAUUGUAGGAGCAUAAAGAGUAUUAAUAAUGGAUUAUAUAUAUAAAGACUUUUUUAUUUUAGGGGUGAAUCUUUUUUUUUAAUCUUUAAAAUAUAUCUCUAAAAUUAAUCAAAGCUGAAAUCUAGUAAAUCUUUUUUUUUUUUUUUUUUUUUGGCGAUACGCAGGCCUCACUGCUGUGGCCUCUCCCGUUGCAGAGCACAGGCUCCGGACGCGCAGGCUCAGCGGCCAUGGCUCACGGGCCCAGCCGCUCUGCGGCAUGUGGGAUCCUCCCGGACCGGGGCACGAACCCGUGUCCCCUGCAUCGGCAGGCGGACUCUCAACCACUGUGCCACCAGGGAGGCCCCUCUAGUAAAUCUUUUUGUGAUGAAACCUAUCUUUUCUCCCUGUGAAAUAAAUGCCAUACUUUGUUACAUGUUAGUGCUAUGUAUCAGACACGUUUUCAGGAUAAUGCAUCAGAAUAUCUAUCUGGCGGUGAAUUUCUAAUGCUUUUGGCUGUAUGUUACUAUGUAAGAUUUAAUACCUCUAUAAGCUUAGAGUUUUCCUACUGUUAAUACAUGUGCUCUAUUUUUAUGUUUAUGUUCAGAAAGUUCUUCUGACUUCUUCUUCUAAGUGAAAAGUUCAAGGAAUCUAUUAAUAAAUUUAUACCUUUUUGAUGGUACAAGUUUUAAGUUACUGUGUUGUAUCAUUCAUUUUCUUCUGGUUCUUAGAGUUACCCUUUUAUGACAAAAAUUAUUCUAGAGGAACUUAAAAAGGAACAAAAUUCUGAAACUACAUAGGACUCUAAUCUUGGUGCCUUUUGAUAAAUUCAUUGUAUCAGAAAAGAAAACAGUCAUUUAAAAAGCUAACUUAGGGCUUCC